AUGACGCCCAAGUCCAGGGUUUGGCGAAAGAAAAGCGAGGGAUUAGAAAUUACGACUAAAGGAUCUAAAGAGCUCCCUGGUGGACGAAAAGUGCACAUAAUGGUCGCUAUUGCUUAUGGGAAACGAGUUGUGCUACGAGUACUGUACACAAAAAUGGACGGUCCAUUUUUUGCACAGUUUAUCAAAGGGCAUUUCCGUAUAGCUUUUGCCCGGACAGGUCCUAAACAAAAAGGAAGGCGUUUAUUCAUAAUGGAUAAUGACCCUUGCCAGACUAGUAAAGUGGCAAUAAAAUCUCUUGAAGAUAUCGAAGCAGAAAUGCAUGUAAUACCUCCACGUUCUCCCGAUCUAAACCCUAUAGAGAACAUGUCCCAUCUUGUGAAAAAUGACUUACAGCGCCAAGCUAUUUGCGAGAAUAUCACGGCUGAAUCAUUCAGCGAAUUUGAAAAAAGAAUUUUAAAUACAUUAGAUAAGACUUCCGUCGACGUAAUAGAUCGCACAAUAGAUAGUAUGUCUGGAAGAAUUUUUGCUGUAAUUAAAUCCGAGGGAUUCCGAAUAAAAUAUUGA